UUGUUAAAUAUAUAAACUCACCCUCAAACUCGCUCGUCGUUUUUCGCCCUCUUCAUGAAACAUUUUCAGGGUUAUCGCUCGUAUUUCUUCUUCAUUGGGUACUUAUAAAUUAGAAUGAGAACCAGUAAUUUAUUUUCCAAAAUAAUAGGUACAUGGGCUUGUGUGAGAAACAUUUUUUCUCUCUAUAAUCCUUUAUGCUUGUUAUAGAAAAGCAGUUGAAAACGGGAAUGUAAAAGCUACAUGAGUCUUCACUCACAGCAAUGUUGAAGAUUUUCCCUUCGAAACAAGCUCUUGUCUGCAUCCAUCACCCUUUAAGAUCAAUCUCUUCGUCACCAAUUUCAAAAUUUUCAUCAUCAUCUUCAUCCUUAGAGUCCCCCUCAAAUCUAACAAAUGCUAUACUGAAUUCCAGUACUCCUUACCAUGCACUCAAGCUUUUCAGUUACUCUUCUAAGAGGCUCAACCCAACCAAGAAUCUUGUACCUUAUGCUGCGAUGAUUCAUGUCUUAACCAGUGCCAAAUUGUACAAAGAGGCUAAAUGUUUGAUGAAAGACCUCAGUGAAAAUCUCCUUAACUCUUGCAAACCUCAUCGUGUCUGUUAUGCGCUAUUUAAUGCUCUUAACGGUUUACGGAGUCCGAAAUGCACUCCCGAUGUGUUCGGGACGUUGAUUAUUUCAUUUUCUGAGAUGGGUUUCAUUGAAGAGUCGGUGUGGGUAUAUCGCAAGAUCAGAGUUUUGCCUGCUUUUCAGGCGUGUAAUGCAUUGUUAAAUGGGCUGAUUAAGAAGAGAAGGUUCGAUUCCAUGUGGGAGUUUUAUGAGGAUAUGUUGUCGCGUGGCUUUGUUGCUGAUGUUUUCACGUAUGGUGUAUUGAUUGAUGGCUGUUGUGGUGAAGGUGAUGUUUUGAAAGCACGUUGUUUGUUUGAUGAGAUGGUUCUGAAGGGGAUUAAACCCUCAGUGGUGAUUUACUCGAUUCUUAUACGAUGUUUGUGCAAUGAGGGUAAGAUGAUGGAGGCUGAAAGUAUUUUCAGGUUAAUGAGAGCAUCUAGCGUACUUCCUAAUUUGUACACUUAUAAUGCUCUAAUGGAUGGCUAUUGCAAAGAGGCCAACAUGAAAGGAGCACUUGACUUGUAUAAAGAAAUGUUAGGACAUAAUUUACUACCAAAUAUUUUUACAUUUGGUAGCCUAAUAGAUGGGCUAUGUAAAGUGGGUGAACUGAGAGCAGCGAGAAAUUUUUUCGUUUGCAUGGCUAAGUUUGGUGUUGUUCCUAAUAUAGUUGUGUAUAAUUGCUUCGUUGAUGGCCUUUGUAAGGCAGGGAAUGUGUCUGAAGCAAUGAGUAUCUUUUCUGAGAUGAAAAAGUUUGAAAUCUUGCCCGAUGUAUUCACAUACAGUAUACUUAUUAAGGGUCUCUGCGAUGUGGGUCAAGUGGAAGAAGCAGAAGGCUUAUAUCAAAAAAUGAAAAAAGAGGGAGUUGUUAUGAAUGCUGUGGCAUACAAUUCACUUAUUAACGGAUACUGUAAAGAAGGCAAUAUGAAGAAGGCCUUGGAAGUGUGCUCUCAAAUGACUGACAAAGGUGUUGAACCCAACAUCAUCACUUUUUCCACUUUGAUUGAUGGUUAUUGUAAGGUGGGAAACAUGAAGGCUGCCAUGGGUUUGUACUCAGAAAUGGUAAUUAAAAGCCUUGUGCCCGAUGUUGUUGCUUAUACAGCACUGAUUGAUGGUUUUUGCAAAGAUGGUAACUUAAGAAAGGCUCUCCAGCUGCAUAAGGAAAUGCUUGAGGCCAGCCUCACCCCCAAUGUUUUCACAAUUAGUUGCUUGAUUGAUGGUCUCUGUAAAAGCGGAAGGAUUUUUGAUGCAAUAAAUUUGUUUUUGGAGAACACUGAUAAAAGAGGAGCCUGCUAUUGUUCUCCUAAUCAUGUUAUGUAUACAUCAAUUAUUCAAGCUUUGUGCAAUGAUGGGAGGAUCUUAAGAGCAAGUAAGUUCUUCUCUGAUAUGAGAAAAGAUGGUUUAAGCCCUGAUUCCGCCGCUUAUACUGUCAUGUUACAGGGUCAUCUUCAAGCCAAGCAUAUGCUGGAUGUGAUGAUGCUGCAUGCAGAUAUGAUCAAGAUGGGUAUCCUGCCCAAUGUUGCCAUUUAUUGGGCCAUCGCCCAGGGUUACCAAGAGAAUGGUGAUCUGAAUUCAGCUCUAAGCUGUGCCAAGGAUUCAAACAAAUCAGCCAUUGUGGAGUUCUGAAUUAAAUUCCUUAUAACUGUAGUAUGAAACUACAUUUACUGAUGAAUGUGAACACAACUUGGCAUGAUUUUCGUGUCUCGUAUAGGACCCUUUGGCAAUUUCAAGGAGACAUGGAUCUGUUUCAUACUUUGUAUUGGCCGGAUGAAAUGGGCAAGUUAUAUUGCCAGGCUUCAAGUGGGGAAGGAUGAUAUGACGUCAGAGUGGAAACUCCAAAAUCCUCUUUGUAAACAAGUUUUUCACUUUAGUGGACUAUGCAAAUUGUCCUUCACAUUCCUUGAGGAAAAAAUUCCUUAUUCUUGAAUUUCUUAUGGAUUGCUUAA